AUGGACAAAAUCGACACAUCAUCCAUUCCUGCAACUACCAUAAUUGAAAGAAAUAAUUCUCAAUCGAGUACUGAUUCAUUAAUAACCCCACCCAUAGAGAACCCAUAUUUAAAACCUUCAAUUGAAUUAAAUGGAAGAGUAUCAUAUUUACAAGAUUUUGAAGAUUUACCUCAAGGUCGACAUUUAGGAUUAUUUUCAACUAUUAUAUUAUUUGUUAGUCGAAUAUUAGGUAGUGGAAUUUUUAGUAUUACUUCUGGUAUAUAUAAAGAUUGUGGACAAUCUAUUUAUUUAUUCUUUUUAGCUUGGUUUAUUGCUUGUGUUGCUUCAUUUGGUGGAUUGUAUGUAUUUUUAGAAAUGGGUCUGGUGGUUCCACGAUCUGGAGGUGCUAAAGUGUUUCUUGAAUUUAUUUAUGAUAAGCCUAAAUUAUUAGCUACUGUUGCUUUUUCUGUAUAUUCUGUUAUUUUUGGUUUUACAAUUUCAAAUGUAUUGGUAUUUGGGGAAUAUUGUAUACAUGCAUUAGGUUUGGAAAUUACUGAUUUUAAAACAAGAUUUACUGGAUUAUUAUUUUUAUAUUUCACUGCAAUAGUACAUGGAUUUAGUGUAAAUCAUGGUGUUAAAAUUCAAAAUAUAUUAGGAGGUUUAAAAUUGGUUCUUGUUGUUAUUAUGAUCCUUUCUGGUCUUUAUGUGUUUUUACCAAAAUCAAUAAAUCAGAUUGAUUCACAAAUUAGCUGGAAUGAUGUGUUUAAAACUAGAAAACAAGUUAGUAUAUCUACAUUUUCAAGUGCUGUGAUCAAAGCUUCAUUUGCUUUUAGUGGUUGGAAUUCUGUACAUACUGUUUCAAAUGAGAUUAAAGAUCCAAUUAGAACAUUUAAAAUUGCAGGACCAGUUUCUUUAAUAAUCAUGACUAUCACAUAUUUUAUCAUUAAUUUGGCUUAUCUUAUAGUGAUACCCGAUGAAGAAUUGGCAAAUAGUUCAACAUUAGCAGGGUCAAUAUUAUUUGAAAAAUUAUUUGGUAAAGUCUUAGGACAGCAAUUAUUAACAUUAUCAAUUGCAUUAUGUGCCGGUGGUAAUAUAUUUGUUGUUUUAUAUACAAUUUCAAGAGUUGAUCAAGAAGUGUUUCGUGAAGGAUAUUUACCAUUUUCGAAAUUUAUGGCAUCAAAUUGGCCAUUUGGAGGACCAUUAAGAAGUAUAAUUUUAAGUUGUUCAAUUACAACAUUUAUAAUUGUAGUUUUCCCUCAUGGUGAUAUUUAUUCAUAUAUGGUUAGUUUGGAAGGAUUUCCAAUGUCUGUAGCUACUGGAUUAGUUGCAAUUGGAAUUUUUAUAAUUCGAAAAAACUAUCCAGAUUUAAAUGCUCCAAUAAAAGCAGGACUCAUAGGUACUUUAUCAGUUAUAAUUAUUAAUAUUUAUUUAACAAUUGGUCCAUUUGUUUCAAAAUAUAGUCCAAAUCCAACUGGUUUGGAAAAUUGGCCAAAUUAUGGAUUAGUAGGUUUAUUUUGUAUAUUAUUUUGCAUUUUAUUUUGGUACUUCAAAUUUCGAUUAUUACCAUGGCUUGGUAAUUAUGAUUUAGUAGUUGAAGAAGAGAAAUUGAGUGAUGGAUUAACUAUUAAAAAUUGGGUUAAGGUAUAUAAAGGGGGAAUAUAG